AUGACAGGAAGAAAAGUCGUGUUAGCGCAGCGUGUAAUUCCUGAAGAACCCGAACUGCGACGAGCUGCAUUGGUGGAAGUAGUACUACAGUACUGUUCGCAUUUAAUCUUUCCCGAUAAGGAAAACAGGCAUAAUGGAAAUAAGGAGCCACACCCGCAGCAACAGGAAUCCCAUCAUGUACAUGUAAUGAAUGGUAAUGGACAUUGUACAGAGGAGAGAAAUGGAGUGAGAAUGGAUAAUCUUUGUGUAGAGCGUCUUUCCGGUGGAAUUACAAAUGAAUUAUUCCGUAUAUAUCACCCAUCUUAUCCUCUACGCUCUGUUGUUUUCCGUGUAUUUGGUAAAGAGACCGAUCGUGUGAUAUCGCGUGAGAGUGAGUUAUUUUACCAAUCUAUCUUUAUUCCUACUUAUGUGCGUGGAACGAAUUUCCUCAUUUAUAAAUUUCUAAACCAAUAUCAGGCGCUGCCGUAUAGAGAAAUGUCAGAGGAGUUUCGUUCCAUUGCGUGUGAACUCGCCUCUUUUCAGGUGCGGGCCACACUGGAGUCUAGGAGUGAUCACCACCGGCCACUACUCACAAGAGAGGAGCGGAUGUAUUGGGAUUCCGUCGGACCCGCUCUUGGUGGUAGUGGUAGUGGUAAUGAUAGUAGUUCAAGUGUGUUUGAUGCCUGUCGAUUUGAUCGAGAGGCGAACUACACCAUGCACGCCUUGACAAAGUGGGUGGAGAUGAUGAUGUCGGAGGCGAUUGUGAGUAAAGUCUCGCCGGAGAAGCGUGAGGAGUAUGCGAUGGUGGCAGCACAGUUAUUGCAGCAGGCACCGUGGAUGUGUGCGUUGCUGCAGCGAUUGAAACCAAGUCUUGGGGAGAGUGUCUGUCAUAAUGAUCUUCUUAGUGCAAAUAUUAUGCGGCAUACAGAGAAUGGAAAACUGAAGAUCAUUGAUUUUGAUUAUGUGAAACGGAAUUAUUUUCUCUUUGACAUUGCGAAUCAUUUUAACGAAUACACAGGGCUGGAUUGUGACUAUGCACGUUACUUUCCUUCCGAUAAGAUGAUGGAACGGUUUAUUGCGGUAUACCGUCAAGCCAUGCGAGAGGAACUGCACCGCCACCAGAGUGAAGCCGAAUGUAGAGGAUUAGAGGAUAUCUUACCAGGACAAGAUCGUUUUUUUCUUUGCAGUACAUGCACCAAUGGAGUCGAAGGAAAAAAUGCGAAUGAAGCGGAAAUACCGAAAAACAUACAGAAAGAAGAAGAAGAAGAAGAAGAGGAAAAUGAGGAGGAAAGAAACAUUAUUCAGCAUUGGGUACGACUUGUGAAAGUACUGACAUUGGCCUCUCACCUCAGUUGGAGUAUUUGGGCAUUACUGCAAGAGGCGGUUUCAACAUUGGAUAUGAACUUCCUUGAGUACGCAAAGAGCCGUUUAGCACGGUAUCUAGAGACAAAAGACGCCUUCUCUGCAGAUUUCGUGUGA